GGAGAGGAGGAUCGAUCUACUUUGCAUUUAUUUAGGCUUGUCUUGGUUUACAUAAAAAAAGAAGUAGAAAGCGUACAAGAACUUCUACUUUUUUGCUUGUUCGUUCUAGAAGAGAGUAGAACAGCACUUGUACUACAGCACAGCAGGUACUAAGAUGAGCACGACGAAGAACACAGGUCGACUCGUGUUAGAAUUUUAAUCACGAACAGUAUAGAUUUAGUUUUACGGGGCUUUGUUUAUGUCACGCAGCCGAGACUCUGAGGCUGUCCUGUAGUUGAAAAAGAUGACGCUUCUUUACAAUACUGGAAUACAUCACAAGUUAGAGAUGAGCAUUACUAGUAACAAUUCCAUUGUAAGACAUGUGGUUCAACAGGGGAGGUAAUUCUUGGCUUUUCGUAUUCUCGUCUUAUGCAUAGCAAGGUCCUUUGUUAGCAUUUUGACGGGAGUAGCCAUUUCGGAGGGUAUACAUAGUACAUAUUGUAGUUAACUAGUCGAAUCAUGUUUUUUUUGAUUGGGUUGUUAUGGAAUCGAUCGACUUUGCUCAAACCUGUUAUCGAAUCGAUCGAGCUUGAAGGGGCGCAGGCACUGGAGCGGAUAAAAGUAGAUGUCGUUAAAGAAGUCUAUCUUAGUCACUUUGGCCAGUGGCAGGGCAUCAAGUUGUUGAGGUACAAAUGAGCAAGGCGGACAUCUAGGAAGGUGUUAGAAGAUGAAGGAAAACAUCAAGUAUCUUACUUCUACAGUAAAUCUAUAUAAUACUGCCGUGCUCCUUCUUAGCUCUAGGAGGUGCAAAAUUAUUACUGAAGAGCUUCUGAGCAUCAAAAGGGCAGAUGACCGAUUGACCCUCGACCAUGGAGGAACCGAAAAUGC